AUGUUCUGUGAUUAUUUCUGUCUUGUUUUGUACCUCAGUACCUCAGUACCUCAGUGCCUCAGUACCUCAGUGUCUCAGUGUCUCAGUACCUCAGUGUCUCAGUACCUCAGUGUCUCAGUACCUCAGUGUCUCAGUACCUCAGUACCUCAGUACCUCAGUACCUCAGUGUCUCAGUACCUCAGUGUCUCAGUACCUCAGUACCUCAGUGUCUCAGUACUUCAGUACCUCAGUGUCUCAGUACCUCAGUACCUCAGUGUCUCAGUACCUCAGUACCUCAGUGUCUCAGUACCUCAGUACCUCAGUGUCUCAGUACCUCAGUGUCUCAGUACCUCAGUACCUCAGUGUCUCAGUACCUCAGUACCUCAGUACCUCAGUGUCUCAGUACCUCAGUACCUCAGCACCUCAGUGUCUCAGUACCUCAGUACCUCAGUGUCUCAGUACCUCAGUGUCUCAGUACCUCAGUACCUCAGUGUCUCAGUACCUCAGUGUCUCAGUACCUCAGUACCUCAGUGUCUCAGUACCUCAGUGUCUCAGUACCUCAGUGUCUCAGUACCUCAGUGUCUCAGUACCUCAGUACCUCAGUGUCUCAGUACCUCAGUACCUCAGUGUCUCAGUACCUCAGUGUCUCAGUACCUCAGUACCUCAGUGUCUCAGUACCUCAGUGUCUCAGUACCUCAGUACCUCAGUGUCUCAGUACCUCAGUACCUCAGUGUCUCAGUACCUCAGUACCUCAGUGUCUCAGUACCUCAGUGUCUCAGUACCUCAGUACCUCAGUGUCUCAGUACCUCAGUGUCUCAGUACCUCAGUGUCUCAGUACUUCAGUACCUCAGUACCUCAGUGUCUCAGUACCUCAGUACCUCAGUGUCUCAGUACCUCAGUGUCUCAGUGUCUCAGUACCUCAGUGUCUCAGUACCUCAGUACCUCAGUGUCUCAGUACCUCAGUGUCUCAGUGUCUCAGUACCUCAGUGUCUCAGUACCUCAGUGUCUCAGUACCUCAGUGCCUCAGUGUCUCAGUACCUCAGUGUCUCAGUACCUCAGUGUCUCAGUACCUCAGUGUCUCAGUACCUCAGUGUCUCAGUACCUCAGUGUCUCAGUACCUCAGUACCUCAGUGUCUCAGUACCUCAGUGUCUCAGUACCUCAGUGUCUCAGUACCUCAGUGUCUCAGUACCUCAGUGUCUCAGUACCUCAGUACCUUAGUGUCUCAGUACCUCAGUACCUCAGUGUCUCAGUGUCUCAGUACCUGUGCCUCAGUGUCUCAGUACCUCAGUACCUCAGUGUCUCAGUACCUCAGUACCUCAGUGUCUCAGUACCUCAGUGCCUCAGUGUCUCAGUACCUCAGUGUCUCAGUACCUCAGUACCUCAGUGUCUCAGUACCUCAGUACCUCAGUGUCUCAGUACCUCAGUGCCUCAGUACCUCAGUACCUCAGUGUCUCAGUGCCUCAGUGUCUCAGUACCUCAGUACCUCAGUGUCUCAGUACCUCAGUACCUCAGUGUCUCAGUACUUCAGUACCUCAGUACCUCAGUGUCUCAGUACCUCAGUGUCUCAGUACCUCAGUACCUCAGUGUCUCAGUACCUCAGUGUCUCAGUACCUCAGUACCUCAAUACCUCAUUGUCUCAUUACCUCAGUACCUCAGUACCUCAGUGUCUCAGUACCUCAGUACCUCAGUGUCUCAGUACCUCAGUGUCUCAGUACCUCAGUGUCUCAGUACCUCAGUGUCUCAGUGUCUCAGUGUCUCAGUACCUCAGUACCUCAGUGUCUCAGUGUCUCAGUACCUCAGUAUCUCAGUGUCUCAGUACCUCAGUACCUCAGUGUCUCAGUACUUCAGUACCUUUGUGUCUCAGUACUUCAGUGCCUCAGUACCUCAGUACCUCAGUGUCUCAGUACUUCAGUACCUCAGUGUCUCAGUACUUCAGUACCUCAGUGUCUCAGUACUUCAUACUUCAGUACCUCAGUGUCUCAGUACUUCAGUACCUCAGUACCUCAGUGUCUCAGUACUUCAGUACCUCAGUGUCUCAGUACCUCAGUACCUCAGUGUCUCAGUACUUCAGUACCUCAGUGUCUCAGUACCUCAGUACCUCAGUGUCUCAGUACCUCAGUACCUCAGUGUCUCAGUACCUCAGUGUCUCAGUACCUCAGUGUCUCAGUGUCUCAGUACUUCAGUACCUCAGUGUCUCAGUACUUCAGUACCUCAGUACCUCAGUGUCUCAGUACCUCAGUACCUCAGUACCUCAGUGUCUCAGUACUUCAGUACCUCAGUACCUCAGUGCCUCAGUACCUCAGUACCUCAGUGCCUCAGUACCUCAGUACCUCAGUACCUCAGUGUAUCAGUACUUCAGUACCUCAGUGUCUCAGUACCUCAGUGCCUCAGUACCUCAGUACCUCAGUACCUCAGUGUCUCAGUACUUCAGUACCUCAGUACCUCAGUACCUCAGUCGUUUGUGCAGAUCGCUCUCUCCUCAGGUCCCUCCUGGUGGUAUAUUAUCAUAA